CUUGACACUUGUGACCACGACUUCCAUCUGUCAUCAGCAACUCUUGACGUGCUCCGCGCAGUGUAUAUUCGGAGAUUGUACGACCCGGUGUCUGAGACAGCAAGAACCCGAACUUUGUUGUUGCGAAAAGCAAAGGCAACCCGACUAGCGGAACGUUUACGCUAGCUAGUAAAACUCUCCUUUACGUUACCCGAGUCUCACGCCAACGCGUCCACGUUUGGUGUGCGCCAUCUCCCCAUUACUUUUCAUCGUCACCAUUUUACCACCCACUGGGACAUGCCUCAUCAUGAGCUCGAAGGACAAUUUGGCCCUGGAUCUGGAGCACGGCGUGCGACGAUGGGAUAGGCAACGAUGGAUCAGCGUCUUCAGCAGCCACUCGCCUACCAUUCGGGAGGUGACUGAAUGCUUGGGGUUGGGCUUAUCCGCAUCCAGCUCGACGACGAACCGCGGGAUUCCCAAAUUCGACAAUCCGGACUAUCGCAAAAUCUCGAGUGAAGUCACAAAGCUGUCAAAAGAAUUGCCGAAGGAGAGAGAUCUCUUGCUCGAUUUCGCUGCAGAUCCGCACAGCUUAGACGCCGAGCUGGAGGAGCUGCUCGGUACUUACGGACCCGCUAUCUGGGGCAGGGAUGCCGAUCGCAGCUGUCUCCUCACCCCCGAUCCAACCAAGAAGACCUACAACAAAGAUUUGUUCUACGAGGAUGCAGAACACAGGGAAAUACUCAAGAUUCACUUGCAUCGAUGGUUCAUCAUCAAGGCAUGCUACUAUAUUAGGAACAUGAAGCUUAAGAGGCCAUUCGGCGCUAACGACUACGAAGCCCUGGCUGACCUGGAGGGCGAAGGUUCACGACAUGGAACGCCACUAUCACUUUCGCCGCCUCAACCUAACACAUCCGCCAGAGCUGACCUCGACGUUAGACACGUCCCUCAUCUCAAGAAACGCAAAAGCUCUGCCUAUCUAGGUGUAGGGUCAAUGUCAGAUGGUGAAGAAAAUCUUCCCUUGUCUGCUAAGCGACCCUACAACUCCAUGCCAGCAGGAACUAGGAGUGCGAGCCCUAGGAAGUCACUGAAAGGUCUAAGUGGUUCAAGCCCUGGCAGCACCGAGAACCUGCCUCAUUUUCCAGUGCGACCUUUUGAUCAGAACCAUCAUCUCUCGCCGACCCCGAAUGCUGGCCCUGAAUCUGCUCGCGUUCAGCUGAGCCCAAUGUCAAGUAACGAUGUGAAUGGCAUCUCUGGACCCCCUGCAGCUGCACCGGUCCCUGCUGGAGGGUUUACGGCUGUCAACACGGGCAGCUUCACCGCGGUUAGCACUGCCGGGCCUCCUCCGCCAGUCAGGGACUCCUCGAAUGAACCGCUGCAGGCACCUUCACGAGCACCAUCACUCGAUUCAAAGAUGACCUCGCCGACGCAGACCCGUACAGAGCCUCGCGCAGAGCCUCGCGCGUAUACAAGUCCCUACGAUACAGCGUCUCGGAUUGCGAACAAAACACCAGCGCAGGCAGACCCUCGUUCAGUACAUUCGACCGAACCGCCAGCUCCAGGUCCUGGCUCUCAUGCUGUGAGCUCACCUAGGCCUACGAACGGUGCUGCCAGUCGAGAAUCAUCGAUAGCUCAAGCACCCCCACAGAGCAUGUUCGGACCUCAUACCGCUACACAACUGCAUCCUCAGCCGCAGAGCUCGCCACGCAGCCAAGCCACGCAAGUCAAGAUCUGUCCUGAGAGCGAGACGCCCAACCCCACACCCACCAAAUCCCAUGUUCCACUGCACCAGCAUCAAGGGCCAGUUUCGCUUCCAAGCCGUACCCACACACCCGGCAGCCAUCACAUCAGCCGCUCCAUCGCUCCUCAACCUCGCAGCAGAUCCAAUACCCCGUUCAUGCAGGACACAAAUGCCCAGGCGGUCAAGCAGCUCACUCAGCAGAUAGCGCCUGCACCCGCACCUACGGAGCUACACACACCCAUCCAUGGUGUGCGGAUCGUUCCUGCAGUAGUUCCGACUGGCCAAUCCCAAGUCGUGCAGCCUCCCGUGCCCGGUCCAGCUCCCGUGCAACCCCCGCAACCAGUGCUGAAAAGCCAGCAUGUUGAAAUUCCUCUUCAACACCAUCCUAGGCCUCUCGUCCCUAUCAACGACCUGCGUUUGCUCCAGUGUGAGGUGCUGGCUUGUGUUGUUCAGUAUCUGUUUCCGAACUCGAGGUCGCCACCAGACGAAGGACUUGUCAUCAGUCGGAUCCAAAAUCUCUGGUACCUCGGAGAAGCUCUGUUCCGCGCCGAACUAGGUCCGCAUUACGAUAUCUGUUCUCGCAUUCUGGCAGCCUGGAUACAUGAGAGGCAGGUAAUAGCCAGCCUUCGCCACUCGCUGCUCGCUCACCCUGGAGUUGGCGCCGCUGGCCUUAUGGAUCGACUGCUGGCCAUGAACGAUCUGCGAAUCAUACGAUUGAAGUGGAAGAACAUGAGUUCUUUAGAUGGCGUCAGCCCCGAGGACUUGCUCUGUAGAACCUUCACAGUCGUGGGCAAUACAGAGAACACGGAAUACAUGUUCAAGGAGGGUCUCGAUCGGCUGAACCGGGGCGUAUUCGAGUUCCUCCGCACGGAAGACGCGAAGAUUGUGGUGCACAAGAGAUAGCAGUGCGCUGGGCCUCGAUCCUUUCAUUACUAGAGCCACGGCUGUAUUAGUAGUUUCCUCUGUCCAAAAAGCGAGUACAGGCAAUUUGUACUGUCGAUUAGCGAUGGCGUUCAGGGAAUAUUGCAUCAGGCUUCGAGGCGUCCUCAUUUGUACAGGAUUAGCAAAUAUCAGCGGAUUGUGUUGGGGCAGUCUAGCACAUGCACAUCAGCAGCUGCUACAGACAUGUAGGCUUUGUCAAUCAAAUGAAUCAAUAC